UGCGGCCAGCGCUCCUCCGCGGCGCACAAGCGCUACCGUCGCCUGCAGAAUUGGGUCUACAACGUGCUGGAGCGGCCCCGCGGCUGGGCCUUCGUCUACCACGUCUUCAUAUUUUUGCUGGUCUUCAGCUGCCUGGUGCUGUCUGUACUGUCCACUAUCCAGGAGCACCAGGAAUUUGCCAAUGAAUGUCUCCUUAUUUUGGAAUUCGUGAUGAUCGUGGUCUUUGGCCUGGAGUACAUCAUCCGCGUCUGGUCUGCUGGCUGCUGCUGCCGCUAUCGAGGAUGGCAGGGCCGCCUGCGCUUCGCCAGGAAACCCUUCUGUGUCAUCGACUUCAUCGUGUUCGUGGCCUCGGUGGCUGUGAUCGCCGCGGGCACACAGGGCAACAUUUUUGCUACGUCGGCGUUGCGCAGCAUGCGCUUCCUGCAGAUCCUGCGCAUGGUGCGCAUGGACCGCCGCGGCGGCACCUGGAAACUGCUGGGCUCGGUGGUCUACGCGCACAGCAAGGAGCUGAUCACCGCAUGGUACAUCGGGUUCCUGGUGCUCAUCUUCGCCUCCUUCCUCGUCUACCUGGCGGAGAAGGACGCCAACUCUGACUUCUCCUCCUACGCCGACUCACUGUGGUGGGGGACGAUUACACUGACAACCAUUGGCUAUGGUGACAAGACGCCGCACACAUGGCUGGGCAGGGUCUUGGCUGCUGGCUUCGCCUUACUGGGCAUCUCCUUCUUUGCCCUGCCUGCUGGCAUCCUCGGCUCUGGCUUUGCCCUGAAGGUCCAGGAGCAGCACCGGCAGAAGCACUUUGAGAAGCGGAGGAUGCCAGCAGCCAACCUCAUCCAGGCUGCAUGGCGCCUGUAUUCUACUGAUACAAGCCGGGCUUACCUGACAGCCACCUGGUACUACUAUGACAGUAUCCUCCCAUCCUUCAGAGAGCUGGCCCUCUUGUUUGAGCACGUGCAACGGGCCCGCAAUGGGGGCCUACGGCCCCUGGAGGUGCGGCGGGCGCCGGUACCCGACGGAGCGCCCUCCCGCUACCCGCCCGUUGCCACCUGCCACCGGCCGGGCAGCGCCUCCUUCUGCCCUGGGGAAAGCAGCCGGAUGGGCAUCAAAGACCGCAUCCGCAUGGGCAGCUCCCAACGGCGGACAGGUCCUUCUAAGCAGCACCUGGCACCUCCACCCAUGCCCACCUCCCCGAGCAGUGAGCAGGUGGGUGAGGCCACCAGCCCCACCAAGGUACAGAAGAGCUGGAGCUUCAAUGACCGCACCCGCUUCCGGGCCUCUCUGAGAUUUAAACCCCGCACCUCUGCUGAAGAGGGCCCCUCAGAGGAAGGCCCAGAAGAGAAGAGCUACCAGUGUGAGCUCACGGUGGAUGACGUCAUGCCUGCUGUGAAGACAGUCAUCCGCUCCGUCAGGAUUUUGAAGUUCCUGGUGGCCAAAAGGAAAUUCAAGGAGAUGCUGCGACCAUACGACGUGAAGGACGUCAUCGAGCAGUACUCCGCAGGGCACCUGGACAUGCUGGGCCGGAUCAAGAGCCUGCAGGCUCGGGUGGACCAGAUUGUGGGUCGGGGGCCUGGAGACCGGAAGGCCCGGGAGAAGGGCGACAAGGGGCCCCCCGACGUGGAGGCGGUGGAUGAAAUCAGCAUGAUGGGGCGCGUGGUCAAGGUGGAGAAGCAGGUGCAGUCCAUCGAGCACAAGCUGGACCUACUGUUGGGCUUCUAUUCGCGCUGCCUACGCUCUGGCACCUCGGCCAGCUUGGGCACCGUGCAAGUGCCGCUCUUCGACCCUGACAUCACCUCGGACUACCACAGCCCUGUGGACCACGAGGACAUCUCCGUCUCCGCACAGACGCUUAGCAUCUCCCGCUCGGUCAGCACCAACAUGGACUGA